AUGGGUCCUUUUGCGUCCCAAGAACAAUGGGGCAGUACUUCCUAUCAACAUACAGAAGGAGGACCGAACACAUUUUGGUCACAGUCACAUUGGGCGAGUACUUCUCAACAAAACGCAGAAGCAGGGCCAAGCAGGAGCAGCGAGGAUCGGUUCAUUACCGAGGCUCAAGGCAGAUAUGAAAAUAAUGGACGUGAUUCGGAUCAGGAUGAUGAAUCAGAUGGUACUUAUAUUGAAAGCGAAGAAGAAAGUGAUUAUGAAACAUCUAUGGCGGAUGAAACUGGCGAUGACGAUGCAGAAGAAGAGCCACAACAACGACAACAGGCAGAAAAAUUAAUCACUUCUUAUCAAGGUCAGCAUGUUUAUUCAGAUAUUGGUGACUUCAAUGCUGCGUCAAUAGACCGAGAUGAAUUUGCACUUAAGAUGUGGAAAAGAAAGAAAGAAAACAUUGGUUUAAGGACGUGCUUCAAUGACAAGGAAGAGAUUAGGGCCGCUAUGGCUGACUGGAGCUCCUGGCAGAAUAGACAGCAUUAUGUUAAAUAUUCUGACCCGAAAUCGUGGGUUGCAGAGUGCAUAACCAGAAAAACAGAAACCCCACCUGGCCAAUCAACGUGUGGAUGGAGGAUGCGUGCGUCUCGUAAGGCUCAUGGUCUUUUUGAAAUUGCCUUAAGGUGUGAUACCCUUAUUGGUGAUCAGUAUUGGGAAAAAUUCUGUGAAUAUGAGAAUACUGCUGCUGGUCACGAUGUGGAAGUGUACGAUGAACCAAACCUUGUAUACAAGGUGAACCGCUUUGCAUCGUGGUGGGGUCCAGGUCGUACCCAGAAGCCGCGAUACAUGAUGGCCAUGGACUAUAGGGGUCGACGCAGAAGAUGUAGGAGAUGCAGCGCUGCUGACCAUAAAACAAGGGAAUGUCCUCGUUCGCACUGCAGAGCUGAUCGGACAAGAAUAAAUGUCAAUUGGGAUGCUGAUGGUUUUGAAGGCGUAGAAGAACUGUGGGCGUGGGAGCGUAUCCCUAUGAUACGACCACAGAGGCAAUGUGAUGAAGAAUUUUUCAAGGACCAUGCGUUUGGUGCAAGGUGGUGCGUUCCUUUGGGCCUUUCUGGGGUACCGGCUCAUACUAUCACUGCCUACCGAGAUCAAUUUUCAGCUCUUACUACACCUAAUCAUGAAUUUUCUGAUUCAAUCUCUGCUUUGGCUGAGAAUGCCUUGUCGAUUGUCCCGACAGAGAUGCCUACUUUGUAUCCAAGCCAAGUGGUUCUCCAAAUUCAACCUAAAAGACCCAUAACAGUUGCUAAACAUCGCAGGGCUAAUAUCCCUAAGGCUAGAAUUGGAGGAAGAAAGAAAGUAGUAGAAUCCAAUGAGUUCUUUGCAAACUUGUUUCAAACUCCGUCUCCCCAGGAACAAACUAUGUUUACUGGGGAACAAACUAUGUUUACUAUGGAACAGGAACAAACUACUACAAAGCAAGGUAUUGAGAUUGAGGUGACCCCAACUAUAGAGCAAGAUGCUGAGUUUCAGGCAUCCCAAACUUUGCAGCAAUCCAGCCUACCUUUGGCAAAAAGAAAACAGGAUCGGAAACACAGGCCACCUAAAAAGUAUACACCUUCUAGGUCCACGCCGCCAUCGCCGGAGGAGUAA